CUAAGCAUUUUCCUUUAUAUUAUGCCCAUUCUUGUAAAUCUUCUCCUACCGCCUGCCAUCAUCCACGGUCUACCAAGUUACUAUUCGGCGCCGUCAUGACCGGCGAGGAAGCACUCUGCGAUGCAGCUGGAAGGGGCGACUUGGACAAAGUGAAAUCAUUGAUAGUGUCCGGAGCAGACGUCACAUACUUCGACAGUAAUGGCCUAAAUCCACUGAUGCACGCCGCCAAGCACAACCACGCUGAGGUAGUGAGGAAUCUCCUCGAGGCCGGUGCUCCCUGGAAUGCUCUCUCUCCUUCCAAUCAAUCUGCCGGAGACUACGCUAUGGAAGCUGGCCACCAGGAAGUUUUCGAUGUGCUCCUCAAUGCAGCAUUACAAGCUGAAAUGAUACUUGGAACAAUUUUAAGGAAGGGAAGUGAGAUCAAGGAUUCUGAUAAUUACUUGGAAGACAGAGUCAGUUUCAGUGAGGAUAAGAUUAUGGAUGCGGAAAACAAGGCUGUUAUGAUGGCUUGGGAGAAGCCUUUGAUGGAGGCUCAUGCAAAGGCAGUUUGCUCAAAUGGUGGUCACAUUUUGAAUAUUGGAUUUGGAAUGGGGCUCGUGGACACCGCAAUUCGGCAAUAUGCACCUGCUUCGCAUACCAUCAUUGAAGCUCACCCCGAGGUUUAUGAUCGUAUGAUACAACAAGGGUGGGACAAGAAGGAAAACGUGAAGAUCGUUUUUGGUCGUUGGCAGGAUGUUAUUUCAAAAAUUCAAUGUUACGACGGUAUAUUCUUUGACACCUACGGUGAGUAUUAUGAAGAUAUGCGAGAGUUUCACCAAUAUCUACCUAAACUGUUAAAGCCUGGUGGUAUCUAUUCAUUCUUUAAUGGGCUCUGUGGAGCUAAUCCUUUCUUCCAUGCCGUUUACUGUCAGUUAGUUUCUCUUGAACUUGCCAUCAUGGGGUUUUCUACACAGUUCAUACAACUACCAGUGAAGGAUUGCUUAAGUGAAGAAAUCUGGGAAGGAGUAAAACACAAAUACUGGCAGUUGGAUACAUAUUAUCUCCCUGUUUGUCAUUCUCCAGAUGAAUCUGACUGAUUUUGUUUACUUUGUUUUUGUUGGUAACAAUAGCCAAUAGGGCAUUUCUUGAACCCAGACACGGUGGAAGCUGCAUUUCAAGACGCUAGAUGUUCUUUUGAUACCAUAAACUACUUAUUCCCAAGCAUUGCAGCGGCAGUCUUUUCUUGUGAUUCUUGUUGCCGUCUUUAUUAUUAAUGGUGCAUUGUUAAUUUAUUGAUAAAGCAAUGAUGUUGAGUUGUCUCAUCCCAUAUCGGCUAAACAUGUCGAUAUUAUGCUAUAUUUAAUAGUUUGGGUUCCUCAAUCUCUUGAGUUAACUUUUGGGGUU